GUCUUGCUUGAUGCAUUCUCAGAGACAUUGAGUUACUGACCAGAAAUAGAGGCCCAGGAUUCUCUAGCUCUGUCUACAGAAGAAUGAAGCCACUACUUGGGACCCUUUACCUUUUGGGGAUGCUGGUUCCUAGGGGGCUGGGAUAUGAUAGAUCCUUAGCACAACACAGGAAUCAGGUUGUGGACAAGACAGGGAGUCUGUGGAAGAACCUGGAGACCUAUUCCUACAACAAGUACCACCCCAUGGAGGAGAUCUAUCUGUGGAUGAGCCAGAUCAGUGAGAAGCAUGCAGAAGUGGUGACACAGCAUCUCCUGGGAAUGACAUUUGAGAACAGGCCCAUGUAUUACCUGAAGAUCAGCCAACCAUCUGAUAACCCCAAGAAGAUCAUUUGGAUGGACUGUGGAAUUCAUGCCAGAGAAUGGAUUGCCCCUGCUUUUUGUCAGUGGUUUGUGAAAGAAAUUCUGCAAAACUAUAAAGAUAAUCCAAGAAUAAACAGGUUCCUUAGGAAUCUGGACUUCUAUGUGCUUCCAGUUCUUAACAUAGAUGGCUACAUCUACUCGUGGACAACUGAUCGUCUUUGGAGGAAAUCCCGUUCAUCCCACAAUAAUGGCACAUGUUUUGGAUCGGAUCUCAAUCGAAAUUUCAAUGUGUCCUGGUGUAGUAUUGGUGCUUCCAAAAACUGCCAAGAUUUAACAUUCUGUGGGACAGAACCAGUGUCUGAACCAGAGACUAAAGCUGUCUCUGGCUUUGUAGAAAGCAAGAAGGAAGACAUUUUGUGCUUCUUGACCAUCCACUCUUACGGGCAGCUCAUCCUCACUCCGUAUGGCUACACCAAAAAUAAACCAAGUAACCACGAAGAACUGAUUCGAGUUGGACAGAAGGCAGCCAAUGCAUUGAAAGCAAAGCAUGGAACCAAUUAUAGAGUUGGAUCGAGUGCAGAUAUUUUAUAUCCCACAUCAGGGUCUUCAAGAGACUGGGCUCGAGACAUCGGGAUCCCCUUCUCAUACACAUUUGAGCUGAGGGACAAUGGUACCGAGGGGUUUCUUCUGCAUGAAACUCAGAUCCAGCCCACCUGUGAGGAGGCCAUGGAGGCUGUGCUCUCAAUCCUGGAUGAUGUGUAUGCAAAAUACUGGCUCUCCAACACUGCUACAAAGGUGACAUCUACCACUGUGUUGCUGAACCUGCUGUGGCUUUUCACAUCUCUUCUCUAAGUGCGUCCUACUCAGGCCUGCUCAGCACCAGUG